ACCCCAUUGAAUCGUGCAAAAUGGACCAAAUCCUCCAGUACCUUCCUCCCUUCGAGGGUCUUCUGCCCAAGUGGCUACUGUUUGUCUCCGUUGUCUCCGCCGUCAACAGUCUGCAGGCCUACUGCUCCCCCGACUACACCUCCAAGCUCUACACCAAUGGCGCCAUGCCUGUCGAGCCCCUGUCUGGGCGCGUUUUCGGUACCUGGACUUUCCUCUCCGCCGUGAUUCGCAUGACCGCCGCCUACAACAUUGACUCCCCUAUCGCGUACAAUCUCGCCAUGUGGACGUACGGCAUUGCGCUGACGCACUUUGUCGGUGAACUUGUUUUCGGCAACGCUUCCCUGAAGGGGCGCUUCCUGAGUCCGUUGAUCGUGGCAUCCUCGUCGGUUGCGUGGAUGUUGACCCAGCGCCAGUUUUACCUGGGCGCUUAAACAGGGGGCGAUGUAGUCGGGA